UUCCAUCUGUUUUAUUUUCGUGAAAUCGAGUGAAAACUGAAAUCUAUUUUCAUUACUGAAAGAACUGAUAUUGUAUAGUUAUAUCUAUAAAUUGUUUAAUUUUUGAAACACUUGCUUAUAGUAAAGGGGGCGUCGCUAUUUGAUUACCAAUACGUGAUGACAUAAUGUCGUAAUUGUUUUGAGUAAUAAGAAGAAAUUUAACAAUAUGGAUAAGUCAGCAGAGUCAGAAAGGGUGGCAAGUCCACUACCAGAAGCUGAGAUCCAAAUGGAGUCGGAGACGGACUACUCGAGCAUAAGAGGAAAAAUGAUACAUGUAAGUCCAACAACUGAGGAAUAUGAGCUAUUAAAGAAACAACUUACUGAACGCCUAGAAGCUGGCAAUGGUGAAAUAAUUUACGAUAUUGGCCAAGGAGAAGACGGCAAGGGUCUAACAGAAGACGAGUACAACGCGUCAGUGGCAACGCUACAGUCGCUUGUCAGUGAGCGGGUGUCCUGCGUCGAGUUACGGAAGUGGGACUGCGGGUCUGGCAUCGUGGGCCAGUACCUGCUGCGGACGGAGCUCGAUCAUAAUGAUUUUAUGGAAAUCAGGGUAGCCGUAGUAGGCAAUGUAGACGCAGGUAAAUCCACCCUACUGGGCGUGCUGACACACGGCGAACUGGACAACGGGAGAGGGCACGCGAGACAGCGGCUCUUCAGGCACAAGCAUGAAGCGGAGACGGGGAGGACCAGCUCCGUGGGGAACGAUAUACUGGGCUUUGAUAGUAUGGGUAACGUGGUUAACAAGCCAGACCACGGCACCCUAGAUUGGGUGAAGAUCUGCGAGAAGUCGUCCAAAGUGAUCACGUUUAUCGAUCUAGCGGGGCACGAGAGGUAUCUGAAGACGACGGUGUUCGGUAUGACGGGACAUGCGCCGGACUUUGGUAUGCUUAUGAUUGGUGCCAACGCGGGUAUAGUGGGUAUGACAAAAGAGCACCUAGGGCUUGCGCUGGCUCUUUCUGUACCAGUGUUCGUGGUGGUCACCAAGAUCGACAUGUGCCCGCCUAAUGUGUUACAGGACAAUCUGAAAUUACUAAUUAGGAUACUGAAGUCGUCCGGCUGCCGGAAAGUUCCUGUCAUGGUGAAGACAAAAGAUGACGUCAUAGUUAGCGCAACUAAUUUUGUAUCUCAGAGGCUAUGCCCAAUAUUCCAAGUGUCGAACGUGACGGGCGAGAACCUGCAGCUGCUGACGAUGUUCCUCAACCUGCUGAAGACCAGGAUGCCCUCGCAGGAUGAUAAGCCCGCGGAGUUCCAGAUCGACGAUACGUACUCUGUGCCGGGCGUAGGCACAGUAGUAUCAGGCACAACACUAGCUGGAGUAAUCCGUCUCAACGAUACACUAUUACUCGGCCCGGAUCCGCUCGGUCGGUUCGUGCCGAUCGCCGUGAAGAGCAUACACCGCAAGCGCAUGCCCGUUCCCGAGGUGCGGGGGGGACAGACUGCUAGCUUCGCGCUUAAGAAGAUAAAGCGGUCCGCGAUCCGCAAGGGCAUGGUGAUGGUAUCACCCGCUCUGAACCCGCAGGCGUGUUGGCAGUUCGAGGGCGAGAUACUGGUGCUGCACCACCCCACUACCAUCUCGUCGAGAUACCAGGCUAUGGUGCACUGCGGCAGCAUCCGGCAGACCGCGUCGAUCCUGUCGAUGUCCCGCGAGUGCCUGCGCACGGGCGACAAGGCGCGCGUGCGCUUCCGCUUCAUCAAGCACCCGGAGUACCUGCGCACGGGACAGCGGAUGGUAUGGGGCGGUGUUGUGUGUAUACAGUGCACUGCAGCACCCGGAGUACCUGCGCACGGGACAGCGGAUGGUAUGGGGCGGUGUUGUGUGUAUACAGUGCACUGCAGCACCCGGAGUACCUGCGCACGGGACAGCGGAUGGUAUGGGGCGGUGUUGUGUGUAUACAGUGCACUGCAGCACCCGGAGUACCUGCGCACGGGACAGCGGAUGGUAUGGGGCGGUGUUGUGUGUAUACAGUGCACUGCAGCACCCGGAGUACCUGCGCACGGGACAGCGGAUGGUAUGGGGCGGUGUUGUGUGUAUACAGUGCACUGCAGCACCCGGAGUACCUGCGCACGGGACAGCGGAUGGUAUGGGGCGGUGUUGUGUGUAUACAGUGCACUGCAGCACCCGGAGUACCUGCGCACGGGACAGCGGAUGGUAUGGGGCGGUGUUGUGUGUAUACAGUGCACUGCAGCACCCGGAGUACCUGCGCACGGGACAGCGGAUGGUAUGGGGCGGUGUUGUGUGUAUACAGUGCACUGCAGCACCCGGAGUACCUGCGCACGGGACAGCGGAUGGUAUGGGGCGGUGUUGUGUGUAUACAGUGCACUGCAGCACCCGGAGUACCUGCGCACGGGACAGCGGAUGGUAUGGGGCGGUGUUGUGUGUAUACAGUGCACUGCAGCACCCGGAGUACCUGCGCACGGGACAGCGGAUGGUAUGGGGCGGUGUUGUGUGUAUACAGUGCACUGCAGCACCCGGAGUACCUGCGCACGGGACAGCGGAUGGUAUGGGGCGGUGUUGUGUGUAUACAGUGCACUGCAGCACCCGGAGUACCUGCGCACGGGACAGCGGAUGGUAUGGGGCGGUGUUGUGUGUAUACAGUGCACUGCAGCACCCGGAGUACCUGCGCACGGGACAGCGGAUGGUAUGGGGCGGUGUUGUGUGUAUACAGUGCACUGCAGCACCCGGAGUACCUGCGCACGGGACAGCGGAUGGUAUGGGGCGGUGUUGUGUGUAUACAGUGCACUGCAGCACCCGGAGUACCUGCGCACGGGACAGCGGAUGGUAUGGGGCGGUGUUGUGUGUAUACAGUGCACUGCAGCACCCGGAGUACCUGCGCACGGGACAGCGGAUGGUAUGGGGCGGUGUUGUGUGUAUACAGUGCACUGCAGCACCCGGAGUACCUGCGCACGGGACAGCGGAUGGUAUGGGGCGGUGUUGUGUGUAUACAGUGCACUGCAGCACCCGGAGUACCUGCGCACGGGACAGCGGAUGGUAUGGGGCGGUGUUGUGUGUAUACAGUGCACUGCAGCACCCGGAGUACCUGCGCACGGGACAGCGGAUGGUAUGGGGCGGUGUUGUGUGUAUACAGUGCACUGCAGCACCCGGAGUACCUGCGCACGGGACAGCGGAUGGUAUGGGGCGGUGUUGUGUGUAUACAGUGCACUGCAGCACCCGGAGUACCUGCGCACGGGACAGCGGAUGGUAUGGGGCGGUGUUGUGUGUAUACAGUGCACUGCAGCACCCGGAGUACCUGCGCACGGGACAGCGGAUGGUAUGGGGCGGUGUUGUGUGUAUACAGUGCACUGCAGCACCCGGAGUACCUGCGCACGGGACAGCGGAUGGUAUGGGGCGGUGUUGUGUGUAUACAGUGCACUGCAGCACCCGGAGUACCUGCGCACGGGACAGCGGAUGGUAUGGGGCGGUGUUGUGUGUAUACAGUGCACUGCAGCACCCGGAGUACCUGCGCACGGGACAGCGGAUGGUAUGGGGCGGUGUUGUGUGUAUACAGUGCACUGCAGCACCCGGAGUACCUGCGCACGGGACAGCGGAUGGUAUGGGGCGGUGUUGUGUGUAUACAGUGCACUGCAGCACCCGGAGUACCUGCGCACGGGACAGCGGAUGGUAUGGGGCGGUGUUGUGUGUAUACAGUGCACUGCAGCACCCGGAGUACCUGCGCACGGGACAGCGGAUGGUAUGGGGCGGUGUUGUGUGUAUACAGUGCACUGCAGCACCCGGAGUACCUGCGCACGGGACAGCGGAUGGUAUGGGGCGGUGUUGUGUGUAUACAGUGCACUGCAGCACCCGGAGUACCUGCGCACGGGACAGCGGAUGGUAUGGGGCGGUGUUGUGUGUAUACAGUGCACUGCAGCACCCGGAGUACCUGCGCACGGGACAGCGGAUGGUAUGGGGCGGUGUUGUGUGUAUACAGUGCACUGCAGCACCCGGAGUACCUGCGCACGGGACAGCGGAUGGUAUGGGGCGGUGUUGUGUGUAUACAGUGCACUGCAGCACCCGGAGUACCUGCGCACGGGACAGCGGAUGGUAUGGGGCGGUGUUGUGUGUAUACAGUGCACUGCAGCACCCGGAGUACCUGCGCACGGGACAGCGGAUGGUAUGGGGCGGUGUUGUGUGUAUACAGUGCACUGCAGCACCCGGAGUACCUGCGCACGGGACAGCGGAUGGUAUGGGGCGGUGUUGUGUGUAUACAGUGCACUGCAGCACCCGGAGUACCUGCGCACGGGACAGCGGAUGGUAUGGGGCGGUGUUGUGUGUAUACAGUGCACUGCAGCACCCGGAGUACCUGCGCACGGGACAGCGGAUGGUAUGGGGCGGUGUUGUGUGUAUACAGUGCACUGCAGCACCCGGAGUACCUGCGCACGGGACAGCGGAUGGUAUGGGGCGGUGUUGUGUGUAUACAGUGCACUGCAGCACCCGGAGUACCUGCGCACGGGACAGCGGAUGGUAUGGGGCGGUGUUGUGUGUAUACAGUGCACUGCAGCACCCGGAGUACCUGCGCACGGGACAGCGGAUGGUAUGGGGCGGUGUUGUGUGUAUACAGUGCACUGCAGCACCCGGAGUACCUGCGCACGGGACAGCGGAUGGUAUGGGGCGGUGUUGUGUGUAUACAGUGCACUGCAGCACCCGGAGUACCUGCGCACGGGACAGCGGAUGGUAUGGGGCGGUGUUGUGUGUAUACAGUGCACUGCAGCACCCGGAGUACCUGCGCACGGGACAGCGGAUGGUAUGGGGCGGUGUUGUGUGUAUACAGUGCACUGCAGCACCCGGAGUACCUGCGCACGGGACAGCGGAUGGUAUGGGGCGGUGUUGUGUGUAUACAGUGCACUGCAGCACCCGGAGUACCUGCGCACGGGACAGCGGAUGGUAUGGGGCGGUGUUGUGUGUAUACAGUGCACUGCAGCACCCGGAGUACCUGCGCACGGGACAGCGGAUGGUAUGGGGCGGUGUUGUGUGUAUACAGUGCACUGCAGCACCCGGAGUACCUGCGCACGGGACAGCGGAUGGUGUUCCGUGAAGGUCGCACGAAGGCCGUGGGCAAUGUUCUACGGCCUGAACCGCACGCGCAGCCCGCGCCAAGACACGCGAGACACGAACAUCGUAUGCUAGCAGCUGUACAAGAAUCUGACGAGUCUGGUGCGACAUCACCGUUCGAGAUGUCUGGUGACAAGCGGCGUAGACGCAAGCGACACGAUAACAAUAAGCCGGCUGCUUCACAUUCUGCUGUUGCUGCUAAUUAAAUACACAUACAUACAUA